UGUGGUGUUGGCGGUGUUAGUGGUGGUGGUGGUGGUGGUGGUGGUCAAGGGUCUCGGUCUCGCCCGAUCCGAUCUCGUGGCGGCUUUUACUGGCCAAGCUCGAUUUACAUCAUUUUGUUCCAUCGGGGAAGGUCAGCAAGGAGAGCUGGUAUGCAGAGAAAGUCAGGCUGGAGAGAUAUUCCCCUACCGUCCUACCCCCCUGGCAAGCCUCCAAGGGCACGCAUUCCACCGUUAUCGUAGCCGGUAGGUGCCCCGUCCUCCAUCAUCUGCCUAUACGUGAUACCUUCUUCCCCAACCGAGUAGCUGGGCGGAGGACCCGCGCCCUCUCCCUAUAUCCGGUCCCUUGCCCUCCUGACCCGUUACCGGUGUCGUUGCUACUUGUAUACUACUUACAGUCCGACUUGUCGUGCCUAGAAUGGGAUAAGUAGUAGCUCGUGGCCGUCCUCAUCCCUCUCUCUCUUUUUUCCCUCUUCCCCCCUUCUCUGCCUACCCCUUUCCGUUUAUAUUCCUUGCUACCUGCAGGGCCGGGUAAUAUUCCUGCUGCGACAGACGAUCACUGCCUGUAUAUAGAACUUGGCUUGGUGUCAAUAGUGUGGCAUCGGGCUCUUACACCCCUGCGGAGACAUCCAGUCUACUUUCCUACAUACUACGGCAUCUCUUCACCUCUCUUUCCCUUGGCCCGUUCCGAAGAUGAAGACCGUCACGAUGUUGACGGGCCUCCUUACGCCCCUCCUGCCGCUCCUCUUCUCGUCGGCGGCAGCCGCGGUAGCCGUCGUGCCGCGGGUGGCCAACACGACAGCAGCCGUGCCGGCGGCGGUCAAAGUGGCGGCUAAGACGGCGCUGCCGCUGUCGACCUCGUCGCGCUGGAUCCUCGAUGCGAACGGGCAGCGCGUGAAGCUGCGCUGCGUGAACUGGGCUGGCCACCAGGAGACGAACCUGCCGGAGGGCCUGCACAAGCAGUCGAUCGAGUACAUCGCCGAGUUCAUCGCGCAGCAGGGCUUCAACUGCGUCCGCCUGACCUACUCGAUCGACCAUGCGCUCAGCCCCAACGUGCCCGUCUCCCAGUCCUUCUCCGUUGCCGCUGGCGCCGCCGGGGUCAGCGUCGCUGACAUGGACGGCAUCUACGCUAGGGUCACCGAGAAGAAUCCGUUUACCGCCAGCGCCACUACCCGCGGUGUCUUUGAGGCCGUCAUCAAGGCCCUGUGGGACCGCGGCGUCAUGACAAUCCUUGACAACCAUGUUAGCAAGGCGACCUGGUGCUGCAACCUUGACGACGGCAAUGGAUGGUGGGACGAGGGCUUCGGGUACACGAACUUGAACAGCCGGUACUUCAAAACGCAGCAGUGGCUCUCGGGGCUCGAGUCGAUGGCGCAGUGGGCGCGGAACCAGCCGGGUGUUGUCGGGAUGGGGUUGCGUAAUGAAGUCCGCGAGUUGCUGCUACAGGGGAUCAACGGCCGUGACGACUGGUACAAGUACAUGACGGAGGCGGCGAAGCGGGUGCAUGCGGCGCACCCGGACGUGCUGAUCCUCAUCGGCGGCACACAGAGCUCGACCGAUCUGACGCACGUGCGCACCACACGGCAGCUCGACUUCUCCGCAUGGGCGGGCAAACACGUCUGGGAAUGGCACGCGUACAGCUUCACGGUCACCUUCGCCGCCGCCUUCGGCAACUGCGACGUACUCAAGCAGGCGUACGGCCUGUUCGACGGCUUCGUGCUCCAGCAGGGCCGCGAAUACACGGCGCCCCUGAUCCUGUCCGAAUUCGGCUUCGGCAUGCAGGGCGGGCCACACGACGGUCUGAACGACGACGACGACCAGUACUUCCGCUGCCUACGCGACUACGUCACCGGGAACGACAGCGAGUGGGCCCUCUGGGCGCUCCAGGGCUCGUACUACAUCCGCGAGGGCGGCGUUAACUCGGACGAGUCUUGGGGUCUCAUGGACGGCGACUGGAACGGCUUGAGGAACCCCAAGAUCCUCGAGAUGCUGGCGCCCAUGUUCCAGGUGACGCAGGGCCCUUGAGCGGGACGGCCAAUUCCUUGUCGGUGAAAGGGUCGGGUAGAGUCAGUCGGAUGGGAUUAAGACUCGGGUUCGGGGGUUAUACAUAUACGUGUAGUAUAUAAGGGGAAUUUCUGGCCUAAUUACUUACGAACUCAUGAUAGUUUCCAUAAUAGUGGUGCGGAGCGCCAUGCCUUUCCCUAGGCUUCGGGCUGGAAGGAGAGGAGAAGGGUAGAGAGACGAGACCGUCGGUUCGGUUAGAUACCCCCAUUUUGUAUCUAGUUUUCCUGAUGUAGAUAGCGUUGGUUUAUAUCCGAGUACGUAGUCGGUCGUUACGAACGACCCCUGUGCUACGAUAAGCGCCUAUAGGAUAUGACGAUGUUGUGGGUGUGAGUAAUAUACAGGUACUCAACCCAUGGAUAUGUGUAUAAUGUAUAUAUUGCACACAGAUAUACUGGACACCCGAGGACAUGUUCUCGCAGCGAGUUAGCCCGUCCGACUGGCCGGGCCAUUAUAUAUUAUGAGUCAUAUGGUAAUCGAAACCGUAGGAACGAAGGGAGCGACGAACGCUUACGAGGCGCGCUCUCCCGCCGCCCCCAGACCCCUGAUCUAACCGUCCGGUUAUGCGCCGUCGUCUAGAGACGGGACUGAGCGUCACACGAAUCACCACCCCCGAUCGGACUGCUGAUAGUCCCGGUCGAACUCGCUAAGGCAAGGCAUACGAUAUACCCUGGGACACGCCCUCGUCCCCCCCCCCCUCUCCCCUC